CAAACACACCAAAGUCUGUUAGAAGCGGUCUUCUUUGUAAAGGUAAAUGGUAAAUAUUUCGCACCGGUGACAUUUGUUAGCUUUAACUGUUAACUGUUAUUUAACGUAUUAAGGUCUCAAGGACUUUGGCUGCCUGGACUAAUAAUUUGUAAAACAACCACAUAUUUAUCAGUUAACCCUAAGUGUUUGUCUGUGAUUUCCCUUCAAAGACUGUUGGCUUUUAAUCUGUAGGUCAUUUCAUCCCUGCGGUUUUAAACGAACACAUCAUUUCCUAGCACAGCAGUGUGACUGACUCGACGCAAAGUGUUUAGAACUUGUGACUCCUCCUGUUGCGCUUCGGCACUGCGCUCUUUUACGCACAGUCUCCUCCACUCACUCCUGAAGAGGAGCCUCCCAGCGCACACUGCUAUUUUUUCUGCAAGGAAACUCAGCUUAAUCUGAAGUUUAUUUCCCCCCUCCAGUUUAAAUUCUAUCGGAGCCCCUUUUAUCGAUGCUGAAAUGGAAUACGAGAGAUUUCUCAGAGUGAGAUUAUCCCGGGUCUGAGUCACAACUGGUGUAAGUUCUCCUGUGGAUGAAGAUGGACGCCGCAGCCGUGCCUCUCCUCCGCACCCUUCUAAUGCUGAUGAUCUUUCCCUCUGCUGCCCCCGCCUCCUGCCCUCGUCCCUGCUCCUGCCCUCAGCCCAGUGAGCUCCACUGCACCUUCCGCUCCCUCAGCGUCAUCCCAGCCUCUGUAUCAAAAAAUGUGGAACGCAUGAAUCUGGGGUUCAACAGUAUCAAGAUCACUGAUAAAUCACUGGCUGGUCUGAGGAAACUGGAGCUUCUGAUGAUUCAUGGAAAUGACAUCCAUUCCCUACCUGAUGGGGCGUUCAAGGACCUCACUUCCUUACAGAUGCUAAAAAUGAGCUACAACAAACUCAAAGAGCUUAACAGACGAGCCCUCUGGGGUUUGUCAUCUCUGGCCAGGCUGCACCUGGACCACAAUCAGCUGGAGUUCAUCCACCCUGAUGCUUUCCAGGGUCUCACCUCCCUGCGACUGCUGCAGCUGGAAGGCAACCAGUUGCAGCAGCUGCACCCGGCCACUUUCUCCACCUUUACCAUCAUGAAUCAGUUCCACAUGUCCACACUCAAGCACCUCUACCUGUCAGAUAAUGGACUUACAACACUGCCCUCAAAGUUGGUAGCAACAAUGCCUCAGCUAGAAAACCUAUACCUCCAUGGGAACUCCUGGACCUGUGACUGCAACCUCAGAUGGCUUCAGGAUUGGAAUCAAACCUUUCCAGGGGUCUUAAAAUGUAAAAAAGACAGAAACCUACCUGGUGGCCAGCUGUGUCCAGUGUGUUCUUCUCCAAGGCACCUGCAGAAGAAAGAGCUCCAUGCUGCAGACAACAUGGACUGCAGCAGUCCAGUCAUCAGUUCUACUCACAGGAUCUCUGCACCAGAGGACACUGAGAGCGAGGUCAUGACUGUAGAUACUUUUAGGGAACCAUUUGGAAAUAUCACUCUGGAAAUGUCGGAUGAGCACGGCAACGAGGCGACUCUUCGUUGUAGCAUCGGGGAGCCGAGAGAGCUCGCCAAGAUCAACUGGGAACAGAUCAGCCAGCUCCAGCUGGAGUCUAACAUCACUUUGUCAGUGGAUCUUGACUGCGCUGUUGACAGAGAAAAGUAUGAGCGACUCUGGAGGCUAAUAGCAUACUACAGUAAUGUGCCAGCUCACUUACAAAGAGGGAUUAUGCUGAGGAAAGAGCCUCAUCCAACCUAUGAGUACAGACAGGACUCUGACAAGGACGCUCUUUACUACACAGGAAUCAAAGUAAAUGUCAUGGCCCAGCCAGAGUGGCUGAUGCAGGCAUCUGCAAACCUGCAGCUCAACAGACUUCAGUCAUCAGCUCAAAUUGUUAAAUUGAUCCUCAGCUUGGAUCUCUCUCAGACAGUCAAUGUGGAGCAGAUGCGGAGACAGAAAAGGAACUGGGUCUGGAUCAAGUCAAAUAACACAACUCGUAAAGUGUGGACUGCUGUUUUGGGAAGUCCGAUUCAAAUGCAGUGUAAGGUGCAAAGUUCUGAACAGGCUGUUAUUUACUGGAUUCUGCCAGACGGUUCCAGAGUUAGGGCACCGCACAGUGGUCCAGACAAAAGGCUGUCUGUGUCUCCAGAUGGACAGCUGGAUAUUAAAUCUGUCACCCACACAGACACAGGAAUUUAUUACUGCACUGCAAAGGUUCGGGGAGACCUGGCUGUGAUGCCAUUCUACCUUACAGUAGAGGAGAACUCCACGCCUCCUCCAGGCAAGGAAGCUUUAAUUUCACCUACUCAGGUUUUUGCAGGAAACCCCAUUUCACUGCCAUGUGAUGCAUCUGGCUCACCUGAUGCUGAAAUAAACUGGAUCUUACCAAGCAACAGCAUUGUUAGUUUAUACAACAAAUCCUCUCGGGCUUCUGUUUAUUCCAAUGGCACUCUGAAUAUUCCCCAAGCGUACUUAUCAGACAGUGGUCAUUACAAAUGCGUCGCUAUAAAUCAACAUGGUGUGGAUGCACUGGCUACACAAAUCACUGUGCUGAGACACAAAGGACUAAUAAGGCCCCUGAGGAAGUUUCCAGCAAGACCUCAGUCAGCCUCUGGGGCCAGUACUGAAAUUAAAGUCCUGUCUGAAGAUGCACAGGAGGCAUCAGGGGACAUUGAGGUAGAUCAGGAAGUGUCUCCAAUAAAACUUCAGAAUCCUGCAAGAAGAAUUGCAGCAGGGAGAAGGGGCAGCCAUCCAUCCAGGAAUACAUGGCGACGGCCAACAAUGCUCAAAAAACCAACAGGAUCACAGGUGGACGUCAAGAAGCCUACAGUCGACAGCAGAAGGAGGAUUAAUAAGUCACAGAAGAAAAUUGACAAAGAAAAAUGGGCUGUUAUUUUGGCUAAAAUUAGAGACAAAAACACUCAGAACACUGUGACACCGCUGCCAGUUCAGCCUACAACAGAGAGCAGACUCAUUAAGCAGACCAAACAGUCUCAAGAAACUAUUGAAGGAUCAUCAGAUGGCGUGACAGUGCUGGGGAAGGACAGCCAGACUUACCUCACAACACCAGACACUCCAGUGACACAAACAGCACAAGUCUACGCUGACAAUCACACUACACAACACCAAAGACAGUAUGACACGGCUACAGGCUACGACCCCACUCUAAUGAAACAUGAAAGGACACCAAACAGUCAACACGUAUACACCAAAUAUGCAACCACACAGCCAAACAUAAUGCAGACACACACUGCGAUACAUAGCAGAAAUUUGGAUGCAUACACAACUUCCAGCAGUUUAUUCACACUCCCACAAACCACAUCUGUUCCUCCACAUGCUGUCACUGUUUGGCAGCAGCACACAAACAGCGAACGCAAUAGUACAUUUUCUCCAUCAGAGAAACAUAGCACAGAUACAGAUGUUAACAAAGUCGAAGAGCCUGACAGGUCCGAGACUUUUGAAAGCAGUGAGAAGACAGAAAAACCCACAGUCCUUUCCAAUGCUGGUAAUGACAAAGAGCUUUUGUGGAAUGGAAGUCAAAUUAUCCUCUCACUUCGUCCAGAGGAGUCCGAAAAGAGCCAAGAAGAAAGUGGAAAAUAUCUUGGUGAGACUGUAACACCACAGCUACAUACCCAAGCCUGGGACAAAUCGGUUGAUGAUUUUAGUUUUCAAGUUCAGGUUCUCACUACUGCAGCGGCUUCAACAACCAGAAAACCUAACUCCAAACACCCUAACUCCAGGAGAAGGAACGGGGCGCGGAGGAAAAGGCCAAGUAAACGGAAACAAAAGCUGGACAAACCCACCAAGAUUUUUGCACCAACAUCUAAAAAUGCUAAUUCAAAGAAGGCCCAGGCUACUGCCUCCACUGAGCUAAAAAUAGAACCAUUAGAGGUUACAACAGCCAGAUUCAAUACCACUGUUCCAUUCACCAGGAGCCAAGAAGCGUCAUCAGGCAGAGUGAGUCAUAAAGAAAAUACAGUCUCCAUGCAUGAUCACAAACCAGCCACCAAGCCCCCUUCCCAACCAGCCCUUACCCCAAAAAGUAAGGAUAGCCUCCAGCACCAGGCCAAACCACUAGUUAAAAACACAUCAGUGGCACCAUUAUUUCCAACAGCCUUUCCAGAGGAGGUUCAUGGUACCACGAGUUUUCAAAGAGACCUGGGGAUUUCAGAGACUUUAACUCUUGCUUUGGCGUUUAAUGAGCUUACAUCACCCAUUCAGCAGAUCUUCACAGGUAGCACUUUCUCACCUUAUAAACCUUUGGAGACACAGCAGCCAAUGGAUACAGCAGACCAAGGUGGACUUGACCCAGAUUUGAAAGAUUCUUCUUUGAGUGUUCCGACUACGACAGUGCAAACAGAUGUGAGCCAAAGUCAAUCAAACCAUCAGUUUGGAUCCCCUGAGAAGUCUGGUGAAUCGACUCAGCCUCCAACUACUUCACCUGCUUAUACUUCUGGGACAACAUUGGCGACAUUGACUACUGAAGUCACGUCUCAUGACCUAAUUUUGACACCAAGUUUGCUUUUGGAGGAUGACUCCGACACAACCACAGAGAAACCCAAUGGGUCUGAAAGUCAUUAUGAUAAUUCCAGUCAAAAUGCAACCACAAGCAAUGAGUCAAAGGCAAACCAGCGUAUUCAAGAAACCACAAAUACUGUUGAUGUUGAUACUCCAACCCUAAGUACUGGCACAACAUCGCCCCCCAAGGCUACGUCAUCUAAAUUUGAGCAGGAAAAAAUAAUGUCUACAAACUCCUACUCACUAGAGACCACUACCCAGACUGUUCAAACUAUCAGGGUCAACAACAGUGAAGAACAUCAAAUAAAAGGCAUCACUAACACAUCAGAAAGUCAUACUGCAACCCAGUCACCUGCUAAUGUAAUCACUUCCAAACACCCAACACAGACUAGGGGGGAAACAAUCAGUCAUAACACUACCUCUGCCCCAGUAAUUACCACAGCCCAAACAAAUACAUUUGCAGAGAGGCUACUAACGAGGCCGCAGGAUGUGACCAGAUUGCACCAGUUACCUGGACAGGGAUAUACGUUAGCAGAGAAGCCAAGGAUAACCAAGAGCAAUUCCCUAACAUUCACGGUGAAAGCUGAAACAGAUGCUUGGCUUCCCUGUGAGGCGAUGGGUGAACCCAAGCCCUUCCUGUCGUGGACUAAGGUUGAUAGUGGAGCAAGCAUUGUCCGAAACACCAGGGUUCACAGGUUCGAGGUGCAUCUAAACGGGACACUCAUCAUUAGGAACACACAACACACGGAUGAGGGCCAGUACCUCUGCACAGUCCAGAAUCAGUACGGAACAGACAAGAUGGUGGUCAACCUCGUGGUCCUUUCUCAACACCCACUGGUGCUGCAGCCCCGUAAUAGAGAGAUCAAGGUUCAGCUGGGUGGUAAAGUGGAUUUGGACUGUCAGGUUGAGGGUCAUCCAGUGCCCAGAGUCACAUGGAUGCUCCCGAACGGGAUCCCCAUGAAUGCUGCUCCCAGUGGCGAGUCUCUGCACCAACGCUUGACUGUGCUGAGAAAUGGUACCUUCCGGAUCAGUGAGGUCAUUUCCACAGAUCGAGGACUUUAUAAGUGCAUGGGCAGCAGUACGGUGGGAUCUGACAUUGUGUCCGUUCACCUUCAUGUUUUGACUAUGCAACCAGUGAUAGAGCAGAAGAACUAUGAAAACAUCACCCUCCGCGAGGGCACCACUGCCUACAUCCACUGCGCUGCAACAGGCGGCCCCCCACCUGUCAUCCGAUGGAAGACACCUAAAGGCAUACAGCUCACUGCUUCACAGUUUUUUACAGCACAAAACCUUGGAGUCUUUCCCAAUGGAACUCUAGUCAUUCAGGCAUUACGCCCUGGAAACACUGGAAGAUAUGAGUGCACAGCCAGUAACACUGUGGGAUACAGUAAAAGAACAGUAUUACUUACUACGAAAAAGAGUCUUUCUCCUUCUUCCAAGGCUAAAAUUACAUCAUCUUCUCCAGAGAGCACAGAUGUAAUCUAUGGGAGUACACUGCUGCUCAACUGUGUGGCCAAAGGACAACCAAAUCCAUGGAUAAUCUGGAGGACACCCUCCAGAAAAUUGGCUGAUGCUCAGUACAGUUUUGAUCCCAGGAUCAAGGUCUUCCCCAAUGGCAGUAUAAUAAUUCAUCAUGUGACCGAUACGGACAAUGGUGACUACUUGUGCGUUGCACGUAACAAAUUGGGCGAUGACUAUGUUGUGCUGCGGGUCAAUGUACUGAAGAAACCGGCCAAAAUAGAGCAGAAGCAGCAGCGAUCCAAACAAGAGGUAAUCUACGGGGGAGACCUUAAGGUGGACUGUGUGGCAUCUGGCCUCCCCAACCCUGAGAUCAGUUGGGCUCUUCCCGACGGGACCAUGAUCAACCCAGUCAAACAAAGGGAACAUGUCAGUGGAGGACGCACUCGAAGGUACCUAGUGUUUGACAACGGAACACUGUAUUUCAAUGAUGUGGGAAUGCCAGAAGAGGGUGACUACACCUGCUAUGCUGAAAAUCAGCUUGGCAAGGAUGAGAUGAAGGUCAGAGUCAAGGUCAAGGCUUCAACUUCCCCACCACAAAUCCAGAAUAAAAAUUAUGAGGUUGUCAACGUGUUCUAUGGUGAAACAGGAACACUUAGAUGUAAAGCUAAAGGAGAACCGGUGCCGGUCAUUACGUGGAUAUCUCCUACAAACAGAAUUAUUUCACCUGCUUUACACAAAUAUCAGGUCUUGGAUGAUGGGGUGCUGUUGGUUCAGAAGGUCCAACGUUUUGAUAGUGGCAACUACACCUGCAUGGCCAAAAACAAUGCCGGACAAGACUAUAAAGUCAUUAAGCUAGAUGUUGUUGUAACUCCACCCAGGAUAGUUGGCUUGAAGGAAACCAGGGUAAUAACAGCAGUCCAGAACCAGCGGACACUACUGGACUGUGUAGCUGAAGGAACCCCAACGCCUCGCAUAAUGUGGGUUCUUCCAGGAAACGUGAUUCUGCCUGCACCAUACUACAGCAACAGGAUGACAGUACAUCAAAAUGGCACCCUUGAAAUCCGUUCAUCCAAGAGAACUGACUCUGGGUCAUUGAUUUGUAUGGCUCGAAAUGAAGGAGGAGAAGCAAAAAGGACGAUUUACCUGGAAGUGAAAGAAGAUGUCAAUAAGCCAAAAGUUAGGGGUCCCAGAACAGAAAGCCGCUCACUGACAGUUGGCAUCACUAUGACAUUGAACUGCACAUUUGAGGGCCCAGAACAACCUCACAUCACCUGGAUCUUACCAAGCGGCACACCUUUGCGCAGUGGCACUCGAUUUUCCAAGUUUUUCCAUCGGUCGGAUGGAUCUUUAAUAAUCAGUAACCCAUCUGUGGGUGAGGCUGGUAUGUACCGAUGCCUGGGGCGUAACUCUGGAGGACUUGUUGAACGUUCAGUCUCAUUAUCCCCUGGUAAAAAGCCUGAGAUCAUCAAUAGAUAUAGUUCUCCUGUUAACAUCAUGAAUGGUGAACAGCUGUUGCUCCAUUGUCUAACUAGCGGAGAUGCCCUCAGAUUAACAUGGACACUACCCAGUGGUGUCCUCCUGAACAGGCCGCAGAGAGCCGGACGAUACUCUGUACUGUCCAAUGGGACACUGGCGAUCCAACAAGCUUCGGUGUAUGAUAGAGGCUCUUACAUAUGCCAAGCUGCCAACGAGUAUGGCAGCUCUCUGCUUUCUGUAUCAGCAGCUGUGAUAGCAUACCCAGCUCGGAUUACCAGUGGCCCUCCAUCUGUAACUUAUGCCAAACAUGGCGUUGCUGUUCAGCUUAACUGUAUAGCCACUGGGAUUCCCAAAGUGGAGGUAGCUUGGGAAACACCUGACAAAACACGCUUGGCUGUCAGUGCACAGCCCCGCCUUUUUGGCAACAAGUAUCUCCACCCACAAGGUUCCCUUAUAAUCCAGAAUCCAAGUCAGAGAGACAGUGGCACGUACCGGUGUACAGCCAAAAAUGCCAUCGGUGUAGACUCUAAAGCUACUUUCCUCAAUGUGUUUUGAGGACUUGUACUGUUCAUCCUGCCGUCAGUGCCAUACUGUAAGCCCAGAUAACUGCCUAACGAAGAGCAGCUAAAAUUUUAUCGGUACAUAUGUAAAACUGCUGUCUCAAUGAUGAAGCAUUGAGUUGAUUUAAACCAGCAUUGGUGCUUUGACUGUGUGCUGCAGUGUUUGGCUACAUUUUACAAUAUUUUUUUGUCAAUUCCACAAGGAAACUGUAAUUAUUAAAAUAGCUGUUUAAGAUUUCUUUUUAUUUAUUCAAGAUAUUUUGAGACCUACAAAUCAAAGAGAAUGCAAAUAGAAUUUCAACUCAGCGUACACUUUGUAUUAAUCAAUAUGGAUAUUUGUUAGUCAGAUAAGUGAAAAAGAUAUUUAACAGCGAUUUUGAAUAUCUGUUGUCAUAAGAACUAAAGUCCAAUAAUAAAAGGACUUCUUAUCUUACAUCCACAUGGUCUGAAUCCAGCCAAUUGCUGAUAAUUCCUUAGCGAUUCCCAGGCUUGUUUUUCUUCUAUGAAGUUAUACCAUUUGUAUGUCAAACCAACAGAAAUAAAACGUAGCCCUGUAUUAUUACCACUGGUAAAGGGGUUUAACUAAUUACAGCCAACAGGACUCUCCAGGUUUUUCGAAGCUCUGGCUGUGAUAAACUUUAGCAAAAGCACAAGAUCUAAGUGAACAUCCGACAUUAUCCUUCAUUUUCUUCCUAUUGGCCAGUACUUUAUGGAGCUUAUAAAAUAAUCCCACAUUUUGAAGCCAAAUAACUUUUUAGUACUUAGAAGAAAUAAAGUACACCAGUCUUAUACAGUGGCAGAAGUAUUUCUUAGUAUUUUUUUAUAUUGUUUUUUUUUUUUUAUCUUUGAUGAGGUUGUGUCAGAGUUUGAAUGAGCACAAUGUAAAGGUAAAAGCCAAGUCAGCUCUGUCAAAUACAGCAACUUUCCAGUUAGUUAUUAAGCAUUUAAAGUCGCAAAGGGUCGUUUGGUGGUUCUGGUUCUGGCUCUGGUUCCGUUCUGGAAUCUAAGAAUGUAAGCGCUUUCUAGCGAACCAGCCCGCAUUCAUUACACUAUAAGUGGAACCAAAGUGGGCAUAAGUCACGUCACACCAGUUUAGUGGGAGGAUGUUACUCCACGUGACUAAAGCCACAGUAAACAAUCGUAGCAACGGGAAAAUGGCAGAUCGCGUGGAGCACCUGCGGGCAUUUGUUUGUACCUGCUGCAUGCACCAGCUGUUGAUGGCGAGAAGACAUCAAUGCGAACGCUGCCAUGCUGCAAUGCGUGUUCCAGGAGCCGGGCGUGGGUGUGGAGACAGGGUCUGAAAACAAACACACCCGAGUUGAAACAGUCGGGCCAACCGGGAUCAGGAGCUGCCGACAACUCGUCUCUGUCGAAGAGCU